AUGGCGCCUCCUCCGCCGCCACGCCUACGCAUCUUGUCUGUGGGUGGCAAUGCCAUCUCCGCGUUCCUAUCAUGGCGAUUGCAAGCAACAACAUCAUGCGACGUGACGUUGGUGUGGAAGUCAGGGUUUGAAGCGGUGGCUCAGUAUGGUGUGUCAUUCAAGUAUGUUCAGGCAAAAAAAAGUCCUGGUGAGGGUUCUCGCAGUGUCGGUUUUGCUUACGCCUUGGGGACACACAGAUCAAAAGCAUUCGGGAACGAGCGGUUCAAACCUCGUCAUGUGGUCCGCACACCCGAAGAGGCGUCCUCUCGAGAAAACGCCUACGACUAUGUGAUUCUCUGCGUCAAGGCCCUGCCUGAUAUUUACGAUCUGGCCUCCAUCAUCGAGUCCGUCGUUACGCCCCAACACACGUGUAUCCUCGUCAAUACCACAAAUACGCUCGGCAUUGAGGCUCACCUGGAGCAACGGUAUCCCACCAACGUCAUCCUUUCUUUGGUCUCCAAUGUGGAAAUCUCCCAGACUGGACCCAGCGAAUUCGAGCACUUGAGCUCCAGCGAGAUCCAUGUCGGCGCGACAAACAAGCAAUCUGCCAUCCCCACUACGAUCCAAAACGACAUGGCGGCUGCUCUGGCCAUGACACUCAACACCGGACAAGUCGACUGUCACGUAUCGCAGAAUAUUCGGCAAGAACAGUUUGAGCGGAUGAUUGGUCCCAUCGCAUUCCACCCCACAAGUGUGGCCUUUGAAACGCCAAAUCACACACAACUCCUUGAAAAGGUCGGCGUCCGCCAAUUGGUGACCGGCAUCAUUGAUGAACUCCUGGAGCUGGCUCGAGUUCAAGGCUGCGAUUUCCCCGCUGAUUUCCGUGAGAAGACGAUCGAGAAAAUGACCGCAUCUGAGGGGCCGAGCAUGAUGUAUCAGGAUUUCCAAGCCCGCCGUCCUCUGGAGAUCGAGACGUUCCUGGGGUCCCCCAUCAAAUUGGCCACCGAAUCGAGUGUGUCUGUCCCAAGGAUUGAAGUCCUUUACUCUAUGCUUCACCAUAUCAACUCCACGAACCAAUCCAGACCCCGGGCAAACGACUCUCCGCCUUCUUCAGUCGCUGGUCAUCCACCACCCAGAGUGUCUUCGGCCGUGCCGCCCCAGCGACCUCCCAUGAACGGUGCAAUGCGAUCGAGCCGGACCGCCUCCAGCAUGGGGAUGCCUCCCCCGGGCCAAAGACGCGGCCCGCCUCCUCCCGGCAUGAUGCCCCGCGGGCCUGGGGCGCCCAUGCCCAUGGGACCGCCCGGUCGAGGCAUGCUGCGUGACACAUCAUUGGAAGGUCUGGAGGAGUUCAGUCAUCUGGUGCUUUUCGACGGAGAGGCUGAAGGUGGGAUGCCGCCGCCUCAGACGAACGGUAACGGCAACGUCCUCCCCGAGGGCACUCCGUCUCCCAACGAUAUUGCGCUGCGGGAACGCGAAUUGGCUUUGCGCCAGCGCGAGUUGCAGCUUCGAGAGCAGGAAAUGAGCAUGCGAAGAGGACCCGGUCCCAGCCCCGGUCCCGGUCUUGGUCCCGAGGACGAGGAUUACUUCGACCCCAUGGACAAUAUGCAGAUCCCUCAUCUCGACCCGGAUCAAGUAGACAUGAUGAGUAUCACCUCAAGACGCGCCCGCAAGGCGCCCAGCGCCAGUCAGAUCCGCAAGAACCCUGAGCUGUUUUCGGGCCCAAUGAAUCAAGGUCGACCGGCAUCAUCUUUCGGUCGCUAUUUCGGGCGAAAGCGCACGAGCGAGCGAGUGAUGCAAGAAAUCCCGGGUCUGCACGACUCCCUCAUGGACAACCCGAUGAUGAGCUACUCAUCCAACCGAUAUGGCUCUGUUGAUCGGAACCAAAUGGGCAUCGAUUCGCGGGCGAACUCCCUGACAGCAAGUCACAUGGGCGACCACCCUCCGCGGCCGUAUUCUCAAAGUCGACGAAACAGCCAGUCCCCUGCCGCACCAUUUCCUGGCCCCUCCGGUCCCCCUGGCCCAUCCCGAAUGGCGCGUCCGAUGACGGGCCAUGAGCAACCCAUGGGACCUCACGGUGGUCAUCCUCGCAACGGUCAUCCGUCGCCACCUGGUAACAUGCGCAUGCCUGUCUCCCGGCAGCCUUCUGCGCAGGGACCGGGCGCGCCGCAUCAGCUUGAACAACAGUAUGGGGUGAGCAACUCGUUUCCCGCCAAGGGUCCUCCCAUGAACAAAAGUCUGACCGGAAGUGCGAGCGCCAGUGCUGAAAGUGGUGACAGUGGUGCGAGCGCGAAUCUUGAUUCCGAAGCGUCUGCACAUAGCAGCCAAAUCAGUCUCGGGGACCACCAGGCUGUUCCGGCAGCGCCCGUUCGUUAA